AACUGAAAGACCCUGAAAGUGGUGGACUCUCUUUUUGGCAAAGCUUUUUCUUCAUUCAAAAUACAAGGUUAUCUGCAGAAUUGAGAGGGAAGGACAAUGGCGUCCACAAAGGAUCAAACAUGCAACGCUACCGAUUCUCUGAAGAAAGGAAACUCAGAUUUUCUCACCCCCGUUCAUCCGGCGAAGAGAAGUCGACUCUCUGCGGCCACUCCCGCCCGGAACUCUCCCGCUAACACGAUACAGAUCCCCGCCUCUCCGUUUAUGAAGAAGCUGGGCUGGGGAACUGGUGUGUCAGUUUAUUUGCUGGAAAGGAGCCCAAAGCCUGAUGGGAGCGGACGUUCACCCUGGGCAGUUAAGAAAGUACGCAGCAAGUAUAAAAAAGAUAGAGGACUGGUAGAUGUAGAAGGCAGGCUUAAAAAGGAGGCAGUUAUUCUAAAGAAAAUGGACCACCCUAACAUUGUGGAAUUCCGAGCUCUGAGCAAGUCUGCGGAUGGAUCGCUGUGUCUGUCAAUGGAGAAUGGCCAGCAGUCAUUAAUGGAUAUGAUUGAAAAACGCAAUGACAUGGGGAAAGGUCCAUUCCCAGCUGUUCAGAUCUACAAAGUAGCCCUGUCCCUAGCAUCAGCCCUCAGUUAUCUUCACAAUGGCCUCAAGUACCUACAUGGUGAUCUGAAGAGCGGCAAUGUCCUCGUCAAGGGUGACUUUGAGACUGUGAAGCUCUGUGAUUUUGGAGUAGCCCUCAAACUCAGAGAUGACCUGAACGGCCUGGAGAAUCCUACAGAUGACUACAUUGGCUCUCAGCCCUGGAAUGCAAUGGAAGUUCACAUCGGUGGUGAAAUCACCCAUAAGACAGACAUGUUCUCAUACGGCCUCGUUAUCUGGGAGAUGAUGUCCCUCCAAGCACCCCAUCUGGAUCUUCUCUAUAGUGGAGAUGACAGCGAGUAUGACGAUGACGAGACCAGCUUUGAUGAGUCCGAGUUUGAGGCAGCCCUCGGGACCAGGCCCCCACUUCCCAAGGAGAACCUGGGGCCCGAGUUCCAGUCCCUCAUUGAGCUCUUCUGUGCCUGUACCGACGAGGAUCCCGCCAAGAGACCAAGCGCUAAGAUGGCUCUUUCUGCUUUGGAGGACGUGAAGCUUUAACCGGAUAACCCAGGUACCUUUGAAGGAAUACAGAGUUUGACAGACUCCAGGGCCCCGUCUUACAAAGAGUUGCAAUUGAUCCAAUUAACCACAACUAUGGAAAGCCAGCAACGUCAACAUCUAUUAUGCAUGUUUGUUCAAAAUAUCUUCUAACUAUGAUGUACAGUAUAGUCAUACAUUCAUUGUUUUCUUGAAGGUUUAGUGUGCUUGUCUUUGUUUCCAAAGGACAGUGUGCAAAUUUCCUGUAGAAAAAAUUAUGGCAUUGAUGGAUUCCCAUAUAGUUGAGAUUGAUUGCAUCAACCUUAUCUCUUUGUAAGUCGGGACCCUGCUAAGUUUUAACCUGGUGCCAACUAGAACCGGGUGAUACCUGUACAAAGUAUAUUAGAAUUACAGAAUUCAGUAUUCAAUGGGUUAACAGGGUCAUAUGUAGCAGGACAAUUCCAUAUUUACCUGCAACUUUGCCCAAGUCAAAACUUUUGGAACCACAGAUAUCUGUUCAGCUUUAAACAGGUAUGAAACACAUGUUUUGCAAGAUCAGUGUCCCAUAACACAAAGGCUAGUGAUUAAUCCCAUGCUUGAUUUUCACGAUUAAUAGUACACUAUAGUAAAUGCCAUUGAUGGUACAAAGAUGUUCUACGAUGAUUGCCGAGCUUUGUGUUAUCAGCCCCAGGAAGAAACAUCGGGGUUGUAUUAAUGAUUCACUAAAUUUUGGGUCGAGUCAAGUCAUUUGAAGGUUCGAGUCAUGUCAAGUCGAGUCAAGCUGCUGUACAAAUGUCAUGGGAAGCGUGUCGUGGAAUACUGCUGGAGUCACUGGUAGGUAACUACUAGAGUCAUGACGCGAUCACAACUCUGCGAAAAGUUGCUAAGACUCGGGCGAAUGUGUGUGGAAGGUCGUCCAUUUCUCUGUAUGUGGGAUCUUCCUUUCAUUGUUCAAGUUGAAAUGCUCUCUUCUGAUCAUAACUUGAUCAGUUCAUGAUGGGAAGU